CCAACCCAAAAAAAAAACAAAUAAUCAAAUCCCAGAGAGAGAAGAUCUCAAAGAAUAAGAACAAAUAAAAUGGUGUUGAACAGCCCGCUGGUGGUGGGGGUGGCGACCGCCUCGGCGGAGCUUUGCCAACAUAUAGCUUGCAACCCCGAGAGGCUCAGCCGCGAUCAAACUUUGUAAAUUGUUUGUGUGAUUGUUUGAGAUUUAUUAAUUUUACCUGGAAAUUGUUUGCAUAACUUAAUUCCUUCCAUCCAUAAUUAUUUCCUUAUUUCCUUCCAUUAAUCAUGUUCAAGUUUUUCAUGCUUUAAGAUAAGAACAAUUCAAAUUUAUGGCUAAAAAAAAAUGAAUCAAAAUAUAUGUUCAAUACACUGAAAGAAUAACAACAAUAAUAUGAUAGAAUCAAUCAAAGAAUUAAACAGGAACAUAUAGAAAAUACAAAUCUCAUAUACGAAUCAGAUCCAUUCUUCGCCAUCUCUAAUCGAAGCCACCAGAUCUGCGAUCUGAAACAAUCUCAGAGGAAGAAGCUUCUAGAGACUCGUAAGAACGUCCGAUCUCUGAAAUCAGAAGAGCAAUCCGAAUGCAAUGGCGGCGAAGGAGGCCAGGACGGCCGGAACGAAAGCUGCGGCGUCAGACUCCGGCGCCGGAGCCGGGGCGGGCGAAGAGAAGUCAUCGGCCGACGCCGUCAGGACGGCGGAGAAUGCCACCAAGGCGACCACGAGGACGGCGAAGAGAGCUUUGGCAUUCAUCUUCUUCGUGUGUGGAGGAGAUCUUCGAACGAAUUGCAGAAGUCCAGAAGGAUUUUGGGAUCUUUUUUUCUUUGGUCAGAAGGACUUUUUGUUGAGGAUGAGGAGAUGAAGAAAUGGGGAAGGAGGGGCAAGGUAUAUAAAGUACGGGCAGAGACGCCGAAGUUACCGUUACGCCAGCCACGUACGCGCUUUGCUGCCCGGCUGUUGACAGCCUGUGUGUGAAAAGGAAAAGAAAAAGAAAAACAUUCCACCGAACAUUUACUCUUUUAUCUCUCCAAUUAAAUUUAUUAGAUCCGG